AAGCUUCCGGGUCCGGGUCUAGCUAGCUUCCGGUUUCGCUAAAACAUUAAAAGGAGCGUGUGUGUGUUUUUAGUUGUUGUUAUUUUUGGUAAUCAGUUGAUGCUUAAAUGUGGCGACAUGUUGGUGAGUCGCUGGUUACGGUUACGUUCGCUGUGCAACCGCGUGUGUCCUCACACCAGAAGAGAAGAAAGAAAGGGACUUUUGUGGCGGAGGACACUGAUAGGACACCAGUUCACCGGCACAUUGGCAUCAUCGCGUCCCUGUCACAGUGAUGUAGGGGACUUGUACCAGAACGAGUGUAUACAGAGGUACCUGCAGCAGCUCAUGCAAGAAUACAGAUACAUCUGCCAGAGGUUAGAGCUGCCUCACAUCAGCGAGGCAGACAGAAGAGCAUUGAUAAAGAAACACACAGAGCUGCUGCCCCUGGCAGAUGUCUUCACUGAUAUUGAAGAAGCCUUGAAAGAUCAACAGGAAGUGUCCUCACUACUGCUUGGUUCAGUUGGAGCCAAAGAUGAAGAUAAACAACUCACCGAACUGUUAAAAGAAGAGGAAGCACAAAUAUCCUGCAAGGUUUUGACAUUAAGAAAAAAUCUUGUUAAAGCUCUUGUACCCAUUGAUCCUCUUGACUCCAGUAAUGUCCUGCUUGAGGUUAUGGCAGGACGAACAACAGGAGGUGAUAUUUGCCAGCAGUUUACCAGAGAAAUGUUUGACAUGUACAGGGGCUACGCCUGGUUUAAAAACUGGGAUUUUGAGGUUUAUAACUACACACCUGCGGAAUAUGGGGGUUUGCACCAUGCAGCUGUCAGAAUAGCUGGAAUCGACGUGUACAAACAUCUGAAACAUGAAGGAGGAACGCAUCGAGUCCAGAGGAUCCCCGAGGUGGGCCUCUCCUCCAGAAUGCAACGUAUCCACACAGGAACCAUGACGGUCAUCGUCCUACCUCAGCCAGUGGAGUUGGAUUUGCACAUUGACCCAAAAGACCUUCGCAUUGACACCUUCAGAUCUCGUGGAGCAGGAGGCCAGAGUGUCAACACAACAGAUAGCGCUGUCCGAGUUGUUCAUCUUCCUACAGGAACAGUGGCAGAAUGUCAGCAGAGUCGCUCCCAGCUCCAAAACAGAGACACUGCCAUGCGCAUGCUGAGAGCCCGGCUUUACCAGAGCAUGAUGGGUGAAGAAAUCAAGCACAGACAAACAGUGAGGAAGCAACAGGUGGGCGAGCGUUCCCAGUCGGACAGAAUUCGCACCUACAACUUCAGCCAGGACAGAGUCACAGACCACAGGACGGGCCAUGUGGCAAGAGAUAUUAAGGAGUUCAUGAGAGGGGGAGGGGCUCUGGACAACCUGAUCUCUGAUGUUCUGGAGAACGAAGAGAAGCAGGCUCUCCUGGAGCUGGUGGAGAACAGAGGAAACGGCAGGGAUCUGACAAAUCCGGACUAGUGAAGGCAUACAGACAGACGCUUUAAAAAGUGGAGGAUGGACACAAAAAGUCAGAAAGUAUGUCAAUACAAUGACAAGAGAGGACACAUUGUCAUAUUAUUUCUAAGUAUCUCAUUAUAUUAUGAUGCAGUACUUUUUACAAAAGUGAUUAACGAAUAAGCAAUAUUUUGGAAACAUUACUUCCAUGUAUGAGAGGUGUGUUCAUAAAAGGUUCAAAAAUU